AUAUUAGGAAACCUCAAAAACACGAUCUGCAUGUGGCACCCUCACCCUCAACCGCCUCACGACGAUAUGAAGAUCUGAAUACCUUCAUCCUCACGCCCGCUGCUGCGGCUUUUCCAACUUUCUCAGUUUUGUAGUUUUGUAGGGAUAAGAGCUGAGAACCCACAUGACUGAUUUUAGCCCUAGAAGGAUACAACAGAGGGAGCAAUUCCUCCAUUGAUCAGUUGAAUCAGGUUGAUAUCAUUCAGGCAACGUUAGUUCUCAUUAUAAGCUACAUUCUAUCCUAAUCCAACUAGUUCCUAUUCUGGAAGCAAUAAGUUGGGACUAGAGGACCACUUCCCCAGCCCCAUCAUGUCUGGGGUUGCCCGAAGAGUAUUCGUAUUUCAGAGACAAUUAAACACUUUAUCACAUGAUGGCCCUACUGACACUUUGAAGAGAAAGAUAGCUGGUAUGGAAAAAAUAAGAAAAAGGAGAGACCCUAAAAAGGAUCAGUUCUAUGUAGAAGUUCCUGAAUCACAAAAAUUCCUUGACACAGCCACUUGGCCAAUGACCAUAGCUGCUGUUGGAGUUGCAGUCAUUGCAAAGCUCUUCAUGAUGUACGAUGACUCAAAAUCUGAAGAGAUGGUCGAGCGCAAAAUAAAGAAUGCUCCUGCUGGUCAAGGGACUGUAAGGAUGCUGACUCGUGAGGAGUGGGAUGCAAUCCAAGAAGUGAGGCCAAGGACUCCUUUUGAAUCUAAGUUUUCUCGUCAUAACGCAAGAAUCAGAACUGGAGAACCAUUGCACAUGGAAGAUGUGAAGGAUUGGACACUUGAUGUGCUCACAGAUGCUCUCACCCGUGUCGAAGAAAGUGUUAAACGUGGUUCCAACUGACAUAAUUAAGAAAGAAUUUGUUUGGGAGAUUGUUUUUGGUAUUUUUUUCCAUUUUUUGGGGGGAAGAUUAUUUCCCCCAUGAUGCAGUGAGGCGGGCAUUCAAAGUGAAUCAGAUCAGAUGGUUGCAAGUGGUAACGAUGUGUUAGCACAUCAUUUUACAGGAGGUGAGGUGACAUAAGUUGCAGAUGGGAGUAUCGGAGCUCCAUUGUAGAAUAAUAAACAAAUAUGCCUGUAUUAUUUUCAAAUAUAUAAACCAUUUCAAUGUCUGCUCUCAAUUAUAGUUGUGAA